AUGGCGGAGCCCACGGUGUGCUCCUUCCUCACCAAGGUGCUGUGCGCCAACGGCGGCCGCAUGUUCCUGCGGGACCUGCGCGGCCACGUGAGCUCUCGAGCCCGGCUCCGGGACGUGCUGCGCCAGGCCGGGCCCGACCGCUUCCUGCUGCAGGAGGUGGAGAUGAGGGAGGGCCUCUGGGACGCCGAGGCCGAGGCGGCGGCCGGCGCGGGCGGCGCGGGCGGCGCGGGCGGCGGCCCCUGCGCCUGGCGGGUGGUGGCCGUGUCCUCCGCGCGCCUCUGCGCCCGCUACCAGCGAGGCGAGUGCCAGGCCUGCGACCAGCUGCACCUCUGCCGCCGCCACAUGCUGGGCAAGUGCCCGAACCGCGACUGCUGGUCUACCUGUACCCUUUCCCAUGAUAUCCACACACCCGUCAACAUCCAAGUUCUGAAAAACCAUGGGCUUUUUGGCCUCAAUGAGGCCCAGCUUCGGAUCCUGCUUUUACAGAAUGACCCGUGCCUUUUACCAGAGGUGUGUUUGCUGUACAACAAAGGGGAAGCGCUGCAUGGCUACUGCAACAUGAAGGAGAAGUGCAACAAGUUUCACGUGUGCAAGUCCUUUGUCAGAGGGGAGUGCAGACUUCAGAAAUGCAAACGGUCCCAUCAGCUCAUUCAUGCCGCAGCCCUGAAGCUGCUGCAGGACCAAGGACUGAGUGUCCCAAGUGUCGUUAAUUUUCAGAUAAUCUCUACCUACAAGCAUAUGAAGCUGCACAAGGUGCUUGAAAGUCAAGGGAAUUCAGCUUCUGCUGAGUGUUCCCAGGGCCUUGAGGAACCAGGAGUACACGUAGCCGGCGCUCCAGAGGCCACCCCUCUGGUGCCCGGCCCCGCUCAGUCAGCCAAGAAACCACAUGCAGGUAAACCUUAAAGGACGUCAGUGAAAGGAGAAGCGUGUCCAACUAGAAGGUCUGAAAACAAAGCUUCUGUUGAGCUUAAUUUGUAAGCUCGUUCAUUUCAUCAUUUUCCAUUCACGGUCGUAGUAGUACCUACCUCACAAGUUGUUGUAAAAUCAAAGAGGACGGUGGUCGGGGAUGUGGUUGGACGCUGAGCAGGCAGAGAGGAUAGGACGUGAGUAUGGUUGGGGUCGGUCCAGCGUGCACCAUGAAGAUGGCCCAUCCUGCCCGAGGUCCCCAAGAGCUUUCCCCAGGCCGGCGGGAGCUCCAAAAGGAGUGGGUUCUGCUGACUUGCUCUGUGACCCACCCAGGGUUUUUCCUAUGCGCCCAUAUACACAGUUUACAUAGUGGUAGUUCUAAAAUACGUACGCUUUGUACUCUUGUUUUUUCUUAAAGUUUCAUAAGCACCUUUCCCUAUUCGCAUUUUAUCACGUAUAAUCAUUUGAAUGCACGGAUACACUAACAGAUGAUCGCUUACUUCACUAUUUCCCUUAUUCUGGGGUAUUUCAAUUCUUUCUCACAAAUUUUGAAUAGGACUCUUAAAAUCCUUACCAUACUGAAUUUUUAAAUUUCUUCUUUUGCUUAGGCUUGUAGGUGCUAAAGGAUACUGUCUUUUUGGUUUGCGUUUCUUUAAGUAUAUGCAAGUGAGUAUUUUCCUGUGUGUGUUUUCUGUAUGUCUUAUAUGGUGCAUUUCGUGUUUGCCGUUCAGUUCCUGGGGCCCUCCUCUGUGCUGAUAUGGCAUGGCUUUCGAUGAGGUUCCUCGAUUUUCACGAGAGGCUAUCACUUGUACCGUGCUCAUAUGAUACCCACCUCUGUGGAUCCGUCCUCAGCCAGUACCAUAGCUUUAUAACUUUUGAGUGCUCACCAAAGAUUUCUACCUCACUCUGUCCACUCUUCGUUUUUUAUUAAAUUUCUUUGCCAAAGCUCCAUUGCUACCGUUUAAACAGUAUGUUGUUCCUCUGUUCCUCGAAGUCGUAUCCAUUCUUUCUGUGGAUCAGGAGAGACCAUCAGAAACCUAUAUACCUCACCCAUUUCACGUUGCCUUUAUCUCCCUUCUCCACCCCGGCCAGCUUCCUUCAUCCAGUUAAGCUCAGAUGUUUGGUUCUUUAUUUUCAUUGAGGGGUACAGAGAAGCAGCAUCAUGAGAUCUUUUUCUGGGUUUCCUGUUGUGAUAUCCCCAAAUGUCAGUGUGUAAAGUUUUGUUUGUUUGUUUUUAAGUUUAACUUUCCUGCGGUAACACAUUUGAGAAAUAGGGACAAGGGUAGUGAGUUUUUCAUAAAGCUGAAUUAAUUUAGUUUAGAAGCAUGUUUUAUCAUGAAAUGCUGUCUUCUCUAUUGGGGAAGGUGUGCAGAAACAUCCUUUUCAUAGUGAGAAAUUGCUGUGUUUUCUCCUCAUGGACAAUAAGAGUCACGCGGUUAAUCUUUUCACUUUGGUUGUCCACAGCAGUAUUUCUGAAAGCCCUUCUGUUCUGCAUACCUUGUUUCCUUCUUCCUAGUUCUGAUUUUUCCUGGUGAUAUUUUUUUUACAAAAUUAUUUUUACAUUUUAUUAUUAUUAUUUACAUUUUAUCCUUUCACUAUGUGUAUUUUUGCUAUAAGCCAUCUAAAAUUCUUUUUAAAUUUUUCAUUAAAUUUUUUUUAGCCAUCUUAAAUUCUUAAUGGAAAGUGUAGGGUAUAAAUGUAUAUCCUAUCUAUUAAGAGACUUGGUGGACUUUUACAGUAUUGUGUUUUUUUUUAUACAUCUUCUAAUUAUGCUUUUAUGUGCAGUUAUUAGCCCUCUGUAAUCUCUGUUACAAUAUUUUAUGUACAGUAAAUACAUAGGGAAUGUAUAAUAUUCCCUUUAAAGCUUAGUUCUGUUAGUAUUCAUUCUGUAAAGAUAUUUUAUAUAAUUAUACUUGACCCUCAUUUCCAGCUCAUGAUUCAGCUGUUGGAAAGUUACUACAGGAGAAUUGGAGAUGAUUUUUCUUUGGUCAUUUAUCAGGGCGUAUGAGGGAAGGUGCACAUCCAUAGGCCCCCCAAAUUCAACAUAACCUAGGUUAAAUACUAACUUUCCUAUAGACUCGUCCCUUCUUUGGUUUCUUUAUUUUUGGAGUAUCAACAAACUACCGACUUAAAGCAAAACCCUACAAAUUGUCCUCAUACUCGUCUUUCUCCUGGUUCCUUAUGUCAGACUGGUUACCCAGUGUUGGAGAUUAGUUUCCCUUCAGAACUCUCAAGUUUUUGUCCUCCUCUGCCCCUUUCUUUCCAUCCCCUACACACAGCCUUGUUUCCAAUCCUCAUCAGCUCUUGCUCUUAUGCCACAGAUGUAGGACUCCUUGGUUUUCCGGUUCUGUCUUGUGAGAGUAUUUUUAUAGAAGGUGCGAGGUGGCCCCCUGCUUUCCUUCAGUGAUGGCAGUCCCAUUUUAAUUUUUCAUACAACAGGCUCUUGUGGAUUUCAUUGGUCUCCUUACCACCUUCUACCCACCCCACCAUCCCCAAGCCUUCCACCCUGUGCCCAGUUGGGCUUUUGAAAUGCAGAUCUAAUCACAUGCUAUCUUUUGCCAUAACCUUCAUUGGUCCCCACAAUGCAAAGUAGGAGUCAUAAACUCAAAUGCCUUCUUGGAUGAGACAGGUGACCUAAAUGGAUGAUGUGAGCUGGCUGUAAGAGAAAUGGGGGGAGAGAGGA